AUGGCGGACAUAUCAGCUUUGCAGCGCUUCAUUUACACCCAUCCUAUCAUUGACAAUCAUGCCCACAAUUUGCUUAAAGCGGACUUCGCUGUCGACUAUGACAGAUAUCCUUUUGAGUAUAUAACUUCAGAAGCUCAGGGCGAAUCCCUUGUAAAACAUUCUUCCAAGUCCCUCGCUCAUAUCAGAGCCAUCAACCAGCUAUCGGAGCUAUUCGGAUGUGCUCCUGAAUUGAGUGCCAUCAAAUCUGCCCGGGACAAGGAAAUUGAGGGCGAUUAUGCUGGCCUGGUUAAAAGGUGUCUCACGGGAACCCAUACGCUAUUGAUAGAUGAUGGCUUAACUGCAGACGACGUAGAGCCGUACUCGUGGCACGACGGAUUCACGAAUGCACCAUCGAUGAGAAUUGUUCGCAUUGAGACUCUUGCUGUCACUCUCUUCCGUGACCUCCUACGGGUGGAGCAUAAACCACUGGAAUCUUGGCUCACAGCAGGGCAGGAGGUCAUUCAAGAUUUGUGGAACGACUUCCGAUAUAGCUUUAGCACAGCAAUCGAGAAUGCACUGGAUGAUCCUGAAGUUGUGGGUUUUAAAUCUGUUAUCUGCUACAGAACCGGACUCAAGAUCCAAAUCCACUCUGCAGCGGAGUUGUUCACCAGCUUUCAAACGUACUUUCGAACAUUUAUGGAAAGCGCGGAAGCCAGGAUCGAGGAUAAGCCAUUUAACGAUUAUCUUGUCAUAUCUGUUCUUGAAAAGCUCUCCCAGCGGCGAACUGAGUUGGGCACCUCAAAACCAAUUCAAUUCCACACUGGACUAGGAGACUCCGAUAUAAUUUUGCUACGUUCAAAUCCAGCACACCUACAAAAACUGAUGGAAGACUAUCCCAAUGUUGAUUUUGUUCUGUUGCAUUCAUCAUAUCCAUACACUCGAGAGGCAGGAUACCUGGCUAGCGUGUAUGCGAACGUGUAUCUAGAUAUCGGCGAGGUCUUCCCCAUGCUCAGUCGGGAUGCUCAAAUUUCGAUCCUUCGGCAGAGCCUUGAGUUGGUCCCGAGCACCAAGCUCCUUUGGAGCACAGAUGGUCAUUACCAUCCCGAAAAUUUCUGGCUUGCGAACAAGCAAUUCCGACAAGCUCUAGACACUGUUUUUACAGAAUAUGUCAACGAAGGUGAUUACACCUAUGCCCAAGCUAUCGAGGCUGCUCGGGAUAUAAUGUUUUCCAAUUCAAAUUGUCUUUACAACCUGAACCAGUCCCCUGAGAUUUCCGGAGUCAAUUUUGUCGAAACUCCCAUAUCAACCACAGUGUUGCUUCAAUCAGCGGGGGUGAGUACGCCAGAAGAAACACUUAAAAAGUUUCUACAUAAGAAUUCGUCUGUGGACUUUAUAUGGAUGCAAUGGAUUGAUUAUACUGCCACCCUCCAUGUCCGCAUAUUCCCCGUUCGGGAGUUUAAUAAGAUUGUCAGUUCAAAGCGAACAGUAGGUAUUACUCUAGCAGUGUUGAACAUGCUACAAACCGAUCAAUUGGUUCCCCCUGACGCGAGGCCUGUUGGCCAAUUCAUCUUAACUCCAGACCUCACUACCUUAUGCCGAAACAUCGGACUAUCCUCAAACAGUGCAACGGUUAUGACAUUCUGGAGGAAUGAAGCAGGUGGAGAAUUGGAAGGAUGUCCUCGAACCAUUCUCCAAAGCAUUGCGAACAAAUGUCAAACAGAAUAUGGCGUUGAGACGCUUAUAGGUUUUGAAAUAGAAGUGGUUUUCCUGAAACCCACAACCAAGGAAGACGGCUCAACCACCUACUCCCCUUGGCUUACCAAUCACUCAUGGUCCGGCAUGACUUCAGAAACGGUUCAGGCUCUGCCAUUGCUUGAAAAAAUUGCCGAUAAACUGAAAGAUAUAGAUAUCCGGCUUGAGCAGUUCCAUGCCGAGUCAUGUCCAAGCCAAUUUGAGUUUAUUCUACCACCAUCAACCCCCCUUGCUGCUACUGACACACUCAUCAAAGCUCGCCAAACAAUCACCAACAUAGCUGCACAAUAUGGGUUACGAGCCACGUUAUAUCCUCGCCCUUACCCCUUCGCAGCAGGCACUGCAGCUCAUACGCAUAUCUCGAUUACCCCGUCAAUUAAAGAAGAUUCCUUUCUAGCAGGAAUGCUUCUGCAUCUCCCAUCGGUUCUAGCCUUUACUUUUCCCCAAGAGGCAAGCUACGCGAGAGUUGCAGAGGGGGUCUGGGCUGGUGGUGUAUGGCUAGCCUGGGGCUAUCAGAAUCGGGAAACACCCAUUCGAAAAAUUUCUCCGGGUCAUUGGGAGGUCAAGUCCAUGGAUGGAUUGGCGAAUCCUUAUCUGGGGGUUGCAGCAAUUAUUUGUGCAGGAUAUCUAGGUUUGAAAGCCGGGUUGCCACUGGAAAUCAAGGGCUGUGAUGUUGACACCGCAAUCUUGUCUCCAUCCGAACGCGAGGCAUUAUCAAUUACCACCCGUCUACCAUCGUCGCUAGAUGAGACUCUUGAGGCCCUCGAAGGAAAUAUCGAUCUUCAAAAUCUCAUGGGUAGAGACUUUGUGAGGAGGUAUAUUGGGGUCCGGCGAGGGGAACAGCAAAUGUUGAACAAGAUGAGCGAGGAUGAGAGGAGAAAUUGGCUAAUCGAGAGGUAUUGA